CAUGUGGAAAUGUCAAAAUCAGAACAACUUAAUUUUCACACGCUUCAAACAAAACAUUACUUUGUAAUAUUAAAAACCAUCAAAAAUUAAUAAAAACAGAGUAAUCCCAACGGAAUCAAUAAAUUGAUCGGUAAAUAGUGGCCGCGGAAUUUCAUCGAGACCGGAAACCGUACACUAUUACGUAAAAAGUGUUUUUGUUGAGAACCAAGCAUUGAAUGAAUGGAUUUGCGAAUGCCGCAGUGUGAAAAGUGAAAAGGAGAAAAAAACUUGAAGAAACUCGUGUGUUCUCCUGAACCGCCUGACCAUACACAAUUUGUUAAUUACUUGGCAACAAUCGACCGUUUUAAUUGUUGGACGUGAAAUUGUAUGCUUUUAUGCUGAAUUAACUGGAUCGUCAACAAUACAGAAGCCGGAGAAUUAUUGUGCGUGUUCGAAAUCGGCCACCAUUUGAGUUUUCAUCGAUUGCACACCUUGUGUGGUAAACAACAUUUGCAAAUCUAUUGAUUGUUUUUACACACCAUAAAUAAUGAUGACGGAUAGUAGUGCGUAUCAAUACCAAGUUGCAUCCAACGAUAAUCAUCGUUCUCCAUCGCCACCAAAUUCAAUAACAACAACAACAAUGAAUCAACAACAAACACCGGUUGUGAUUGCGCAACCAACAAUGCAACAAACACAAUUUUCGUCAUCGACGAUGCUACAACAGCCAUCAGCACUACAAUCGGCCAAUAAUACGCAAUUGAUCGACAUCAAAUCGGAGGAGAUCCAAAUGGAACCUCUAGAGAUCACCGAUGACAUCAAAACCGAAAAAACGGAUCUGAAGCCACCCAUUCUAAUUCAACCGCCACCGCAGCACGAGAACCGAAAUGUGGUUGGACGGCUCAGCUACCAGGAGGAUGUGCUCUAUAUGUUUGAAUCCAAUCGAAUAGUCAUCGGUCGAAAUUCGUCGACGUCGAAUGUACACUUUCAUGUCGGUCGGAACAGCUUCAUUUCCCGCAAACAUUUUCAGAUCAUUCACGACAGUAACAACAAAGAGUUUUACAUUGUCGUUUCCAGUAAAAAUGGAAUUUUUAUUGACGACCAAUUUAACCGGAAGAGCAGCGAUCCGGAGCUUCUGCCAAAUAUGUGCACUUUUCGAUUUCCCAGUACGGACAUUCGUAUUUUGUUUGAAAAUCUAUCGGACGGCGAACAAAAGAAGAGUUUGAAGCAUCCAAAUGACAAUGGAGUCUAUGCGCCGUUGAAAAUUAAAAUUCCCAAAAUUGAAAAGAAAAGUCCACCUUUAUCACCUACGGGCACUCUAAGUGCGGCCAACAGUUGUCCAACUAGUCCACGUCAAAGUUUUCGUGACUACCACAAUUCGAACGCUUACAAUAACUACAACAAUAACAAUGGUCUCCAAAAUGAUGCUUUGCCAGCAGCUCCGUCAACAUCGCAAAAUGAACACGAGAAACCGUUGUACAGUUACGCUCAAUUGAUAGUACAGGCAGUCUCAGCCGCGCCAGAAAAGCAAUUGACCCUGUCUGGCAUUUAUUCGUUUAUAACGAAACACUAUCCCUACUAUCGGAAGGAAGCGAACAAAGGCUGGCAGAAUUCAAUUCGUCACAAUUUGAGUUUGAAUCGUUACUUUUUGAAGGUCGAACGAUCGCAGGAUGAACCGGGCAAGGGCAGCUUCUGGCGCAUUGAUCCAAAUAGCGAAGCCAAAUUGAUUGAUCAAAGCUAUCGUAAGCGACGUCAGCGCGGAAGUCAAUGCUUUCGAACACCAUAUGGUAUGCCUAGAUCUGCACCCGCUUCACCCAGUCAACUAUCUCGUGACAAUUCACCGUUGCACGAUAUUUUACUGCAAUCGGCCCCCGGAUCGCCGGACAACAAUUCGUACCAACAGCAGCAACAACAACGGAACGGUAGUGGCGGAGGCGUUGGUACGCUGCCGGUUUGGCAGGAAUAAGAGUGGAAUAGACACGAUGGGGGUAGAAAAGAUAUAACAAAAAAAAAGCGAGAACGCGCAGUUUGUAACUGGUGAAUGGAAUAAUAGUUGAGAUGCUGAUAAAAUAUGGUCGAAUUUUCAAAAUUUGUUCAAUGAGAUAAAUUGACGUUUUCUUUCCGGAUUUUAUUCUUUUGAAUUUUUUUGGAUUUUUUUUUUCAUUAGUCGAUGCAUAUGAUUUUUUGGCAGAUUGAUAGAUUUUAUUUUCAAUUUGAUUCUAUAUGUAUAUGUAACUAUUAUGAAAUAUGUUAUAUAUAUUUUAAUAUUAUAAUA